AUGAGAACUCACAACAGCAGAGUAACAUUCUUCGUAGUCAUACUUCUCUCUUCAUCAUGGAUGGUCUCAAGUUUUGAAGCCGAGGAUUUGAAACCGAUAGAAAAGACAAGAGCAAAAAGAGAUUCCUACAUUAUUUCACCAAACUUAUACAAGAGCAUCGAACAACUGGACAAACUGCUUUCAGGUUCUUUUAGGUCAUCCGCCGCUCUGAACAGACCAAGAUACGGUAAGAGAAUGGAUUUGAACCUACAAGUGAAAUCUCCGUCAGAACUGAUCAAAGAGUUGGAAGAUAUAUUGGAAGAAAUUAAGAUGUUGAAGCCGUGA